GUGACAGCCAUAAUACCACUCGGUCAACAAUAUACCAAAUACCUACUAGAAAGUACUCGCCCUGUCAACGUGACUCAGGAAAGGAGAGGUCACUGGACCUCCUAAAAUUUUCAAAUCCAAAGUCCCCUCUUCUUCACAACCAUGAUCAUGGCGGUUGGAUUCUUGUCGCUUCCUGCAGAGCUCAUAUGCCACAUUCUAAUCCUUCUUAGCCCCAGGGACAUUAGUCGCUGUGCAAUGACCUGCAAUACCUUUUCGGUUGUGGUCCAGAAUUCUGUCCACAUCCAAUACAAGCUUGAAAUCAAUGCUCAAGGCUUGAUUAGUACUGAGACCACUACCAUGAACUCGAUCGGCGUUUCCAGAAAGACUCUGUGUUCACUCAAGAAAUCGGCAUCUUUGUGGCGAUCUGACUUCCGUGCGACCACAACCUUUGAAGCAGUGGUUCCCAUAGAUUUUCCGUCGCCAUAGCCACUCCAAUCUGUGAAAUGUGGGCUUUGGUGGUUACCCCUGGGCGAUCUAGUGGACGAUUUUUACAUUCAGGAUUGCAACACGAAUCC